AUGGGCGCUCGGCGGGAUCCGUACACCCGCAAGAGGGCCCGGCCAGGUGGCCACCUACAGGGCCACGAGCUGCCGCGGCGAUGCCUCCAAGAGGCCCUCCGGUUGGCCCUCCUCAAGGGCGUCCAGGUCCAGUUCAUCCAUCGGGGCCUGCAGCUGUCCCGUUCGGCACAAGAGGCAGCGGACCUGUCCCAGGCGGACCAGUCCCAGCUGGUCCGGUUCCUGGUCGUCCAACUUUCGGAGGUCCUCCUCGAAGUGGCGUUCCUGGACCCCAGCCCGGAACGCGCCUUCAACCACAUGUUUAGGCCUUUGAGAUGA